UCCUCCCUCGCCCCCGCCCGCGUUCACGCCCAUCAAACCAGUCAACAUGAGCAUCUGGGACGCAUUUACCGGGCGCAAGACCAAGUCUUCGCAGGAGCAGCAGCAGCAGCGCGCCGACUCGCCGCCCGCCGCCUUCGAGGCUCAGCCGGCUCCCGAUGUCUCGUCGUUCCUCAACGACAGCUUCGACGCGUCGUCGCUGCACCCGCUGGCCGGCCUGAACCAGGAGACGCUCGACUACCUGACGGUCGAGGAGGGCGCGCUGUCGGACCUGCCAGGCGCACAGUCGGCAUUACCGUCGCGCGGCUGGUCCGACGACCUCUGCUACGGCACCGGCACCACGUACCUCACGGCCCUGUCGCUGGGCGGCGCGUGGGGCAUGUUCGAGGGCCUGAACAAGACGGCGCCCACGGCCUCGCCGCGCCUGCGCCUCAACGCCGUCCUCAACGCCGUUACCCGCAGAGGCCCGUUCCUCGGCAACUCGGCUGGCGUCAUCGCCAUGGUCUACAACAUCUUCAACUCCACCAUCGGCUACUGGCGCGGCAAGCACGACGCUACCAACAGCGUCCUCGCUGGCGCAUUGAGCGGCGCCCUCUUCAAGAGCUCGAGGGGCAUCCGGCCCAUGGCCAUUUCCAGCGCUCUGGUUGCCGGCGCGGCCGGGUCUUGGGCGAUGGUGAGGAAGGUCGUCUUCUAAACGCACCGCGAGGUGCAAUACCAAAAAGCCCACUCCGAGACGAUUGCGCCGACAACCAGCACAUCCUUCUGUAAUACUCCCAAAAGUAUAACCCUCGGUCCCUCCGAGGAGGGACAAAAACGGUGGCGGCAGCCUCACCCUGUAUGCUUUGGCGGCGGCGUACUGCGUGGGAUCUUGAUUGAUUUCCUGGUUUUGAGCGUUUCCCCGAAUUUUGUUUCCCUCUUCCAAUUUUUUUUUUUUUUU